AUGUCAUGGCAACGUAUGAGCAUAGUCAUCGAUCGCUACGAAAGGUUAGCGAUCGGUGAGCUGCGUGACCUGCGCAAACUUCAACGAAUGGCAAUGAAUCCGAACACAGAUUCUGUGUCUGUAAGAAAUCAGAUUGAUCGAAUAGGGCAACACCUUCAGUCAGGCCUCGCCCAAUUAUUAAAUGAACGUGGAACUCUUGAUGCAGCUGGACAGGAUCUAUUUGACACACGAGUCGACUCUAUUAGAAAACAAAUACAAUCUGCCAUCCAUGCCACAGCUUCAUUGCCUCCGUUGGAAUCGAAAAACCCAUUUGAUGAAACGGAUUCAGAUGACUCGAACCCUUACGAAGCGGAGGGAAGGAGAUAUAAGCAGGAAACAGAUUCCCGAGCCCUCGAACUGAAAACAAAAGCAGAAGAAGCGAGAAUGGUGGCUGAAGCUACAGCAAAAUUAAAUAAGGAUAUGCGAGAUCUGGAAGAUAUAUUCGCUGAGCUAGCUACGAUUGUUCACGAACAACAUGAGGUCGUCGACUCUAUCGAGGAACACAUUGAACGAGCUACUCAUGAUAUCAGUCAUGGUAACGAGCAGCUAAAGAAGGCAUUGAGAAGCAAAACGAAUCAUGCGACCGUUACAGCCGCUGUGGUGGGUGGUGUAGCGGUUGGUGGUCCUGUUGGCUUAGCAGCAGGAUCCGCUCUAGCUGGCAUAGGAGCUGGAGUUGCAGGCUUAGUUGCAGGAAUCUAUGGAGGAAAGUGGUUCAGAAAUUCAGUAAGAAAGGACUGUGAUAUUAACAACUAA